UGAUUUAGAUAUUUGAGUGUCUUGAGGAAUUUUCUUCUAAGAUCGAAUACUAUUCAUAGGGCUGAAAGUAAUUAGAAUGAGGAUCUCUACCGCAAUCUUGGCCCUGCUGCCUUCAUUGGGCGUCGUGUCCGGGUAUGCCAAUCCUGGCGCGUGCUCGGGUACCUGCACCAACACGCAUGAUCCAUCUAUCAUCCGACGAUCGGAUGGCACAUACUUCCGUUUCUCUACGGGCGGAAAGAUCGCAGUUCACACCGCUCCGGAUAUCACGGGCCCGUGGACGUACCAAGGCGCGGCGCUCCCUUCGGGAUCAAAAAUCAACCUUGCCGGAAAUCAGGAUCUUUGGGCGCCCGAUGUUUCCCUAGUGGGUAGCACAUAUUAUCUCUACUAUUCCGUCAGCACGUUUGGCGUCCAAGACUCUGCCAUUGGAGUCGCAACAUCCUCCAGUUUAGAUGUGGGCACCUGGACGGACCUGGGAUCUACCGGCAUUCAAUCGGCAUCUGGCAAACCGUACAAUGCGAUCGACCCCAAUCUAAUCAACGCUAGCGGCACCUACCUCAUUACCUUUGGUAGCUUCUGGCAGGAUAUCUACCAAGUGGCGAUGGCCAGCACACCCAGCACCUUAGCAAGCGGUGCUUCCACUUACCAAGUCGCUUACGAUCCUAUCAAAACCGACGAGGAGGGCUCUUUCGUAUUCAAGAAUGGGAACUAUUAUUACCUGUUUUUCAGCAAAGGCCAGUGCUGCGGCUACGAUACAAGCAAACCAGCGGCGGGUGGCGAGUAUAAGAUCAUGGUCUGUCGAUCUACCUCUGCGACUGGAGGGUAUGUGGAUUCCACUGGCACGGCUUGCACUAACAGUGGCGGAACGGUGGUUCUUGAGUCUCAUGGAACUGUCUAUGGACCCGGAGGACAAGGAGUAUACAAUGAUCCCACACAUGGGCCUAUUCUCUACUAUCAUUACGUCGAUACUACUAUUGGUUAUGCGGAUGCUCAGAAGCAGUUCGGAUGGAACACCAUCGACUUCUCAAGUGGUUGGCCAGUAGUCUAAUGUCGAAGUGCCUUGAGACCACUAACCUAGGUUAAUUUCUUUUCGUGUCGCAUCCCCCCUACUUACCUACUAAGGUACCUACUUUGGUAGGUAUUCGCACUUGUAGGUCCUGCAUUAAAUUUUC